AUGAGCAAAUUACGUGCAUGGGAAUUAACCGACUACUCUCGAUUACUCAUGCUAGACGGUGAUAUGCUCCUCCGCCGUCCCAUCGACAACGUCUUCGACGAGCUCAACGCAACCAUCAUCGAUAGCCGUUCCAUCCCUGAAAAGGAGGUGAAGCACGACGAGAAUCCAAUUCCAGCAAAGUACCUGCUUGCUGGCGGACCAGAAGUCAGAGGCACCCUGCAUCAUUUCCCACCUUCUCGCGAGAACGGCGACUUCAUACAUCCAACUGGAUGUAAUCUCGGCUUCGUCAUGCUAGCACCAUCACGAGAGAUGUUCGAGUAUUACAUGUCAAUUCUCAAGAUCGAGGGUCGCUUCAACAGUGCUACCAUGGAGCAGAGUCUGCUCAACUACGCACAUCGACCGGAAGAGGAAGAUGUUGUCGGUAAUGUCGCGAGUAUACAUGAAAAGUGGUGGACGGAUUCUAAGAAUUAUCCGCCUUUACGCAAGUGGUAUAGGUCGAAGAAGGAGGAGAUGGAGAAGUUCUAUAUAGCUCGGGAUGCAGCCAAUACGUAG